GUGGCACGAGAGCUUCUCUUCGAUAACGCUGCAUGGAGCUUGAAACUCAGUCUCAUCAACAUGGAUGUGAACGACGCUGAAACCUGGAAUCUAUUGCAUAUUUUCAUUUCAAGUUAAAGAUCUGCAGAGUGUGUCAGCAGACGAAAGGUAUUGUGACAAGCGGUUGAUAAUGGAGGCACGAGUAGGACCAAUGCUACUUCCCUGUCUGCUAUUCGUAAUCAUUAACAUGGGGUGUGUUCAGUUGAAUGUUCGCUCUCCAUUUCCGCACUUCAACGCCUGGUCCCACGGGGUAAAAGACAAGCUACAGGAUCUGUAGAGCCACCCAGAAUAACGGAUUUCUAUGUCCGCUCUUUUGUGCAGUCCAGAUUUGCUACUGUCAAAAUAUCCAGUGCCAUUAUGAAUCCAAAGACUAGCAGCAGAGAAGCAACUUUCUCUGUGCAGAUACCCGAAUCGGCCUUUAUAUCAAAUUUCACCAUGCUUAUUGAUAACAAACUUUAUGAAUCGAAGGUAUAUGACAAGGAAGAGGCCCAGACAAAGUAUGACGAGGCUAAAGCGAAGGGGGUGUCAGCUGGACGCAUAAGGCACGAUUAUACAGAUUUAGCUCGUGGGAUGGACAUAUUUUCCACUUCCGUCAACGUCGCUGGCGAGACAAAGGUCCACGUAGAGCUGACGUACCAGCAGUUACUAGAGCGGCGCCUGGGUCUAUAUGAGCAGAGGAUAAUGGUCCAACCCAGGCAGGUUGUCGAAAACUUGACUGUAAAUCUGAUAUACGAAGAGGAUCCUCAGUAUUUUGACAGGUUUACAUACCGGCUCCCACACAGUAAAGACGCCAUGGAUGCAUCAUCACAAUAUGCUACUCUUAAAGCGACGAUGUCCAGUCGACAUGUCAUGUACAAGCCUCCUGUGUCCAAACAGAAACGAGUGAAUGCUGACAGAGGUAUUGACGGCGAGUUGGUUGUAUCCUAUGAUCUGAUGCAUGGAUUUGACGGAGGUAACAUCAUCUCAGCUAUUAAUAAUGAUUUUUUUGUUCACUAUUUCGCUGUUGACAAAUCUGACGAUUUGCCACCUGUCCCUAAAAAUAUUAUAUUUGUUAUUGAUGUGAGUGGAUCUAUGAGUGGCCGAAAAAUUCAGCAAACACGUGAUGCAAUGAAACAGAUUCUCCCUCAGUUGAAUGGUCUAGAUUAUUUCAACAUAUUGCUGUUUAGUAGUGGAACAGUCGUAUGGCAGUCGGAGCCUCUUCAAGCAACCCCAAACAAUGUUCAACAUGCCAGUAGCUAUGUUGAUGCUAAAGUUAUAGCCUUGGGAAGCACAAAUAUAAAUUCUGCUUUGGUUGAUUCCAUGGAAAUCCUUUCAAGGAACACAAGAAAUAUGAACCAAGCUUCCAUGGUGGUAUUUCUGACGGAUGGCCAGCCAACCUCGGGGGAGACGGUAGAAUCCGCAAUUCGUGUUAAUGUGCAACGUAAUAACGUUGACAACAGAGUAGCCUUAUUCUCACUAGGAUUUGGUUCAGGUGUGAAUUACAAUUUCCUGCAGGAGAUAUCUUGGGAGAAUGGAGGCUUCGCCAGGCGCAUUUAUGAAGAGGAUGACGCAGCGGAACAACUGACGGAUUUCUUUAAAGAAGUGAACAUCCCUUUGCUCCUCAAUGUAAAGUUUCAGUAUAACUCCAACCAAGUAGACUUCUCACAACUGACCCAAACGACAUACAAUCAGUUCUUUUCUGGAACAGAAGUGGUGGUUGUUGGAAAGAGACUCGGUGACGAGGUAGAUGGCACUGUGCAAGGUUCUACGGCCACUGCUAAAACUGUUCAUCUUGUAGUUCCUGAGGCUUCAAAGAAACGUCUGCAUGGACCAUCUGGAAUGUACACCGAGAAGCUGUGGGCGUAUCUGACCAUCAAGGACUUGUUGAAGAAGAAGGCAAUAUCCACCUCUAAGGAGGAGGCUGGGGUUUUGGAAGCUCGUGCACUGAACAUGUCAUUGACUUAUGGGUUUGUCACUCCUCUCACCUCGUUCGUAGUUGCGAAGGAGCAGCCAUCUGCAAAACAGGCUGACUACUUGGACAGCAUGUAUGAUUCUUACCCAACGAAUGGUCACAAUCUAUUUCAUAACGUAAGAUAUUACGGACCAAUAAAACGCAGGCCUGCAUCUACUCAGACACAUACACCACUCCCAGAAGCGUCGUUGGCGGAAUCCAUGACUAUUCACGUAAUAAUGAUGAUUUUUAGUUGUCUUUCCUCUCUACAAUUUAUCAAUGCGUGAAACGGAAUUCUUGCGCCAACGUAUUGGCGCGACGUGUAAGCCAAUCUUUAAACUGUGUUGCAACGGUCAAUAAUUAUACUUUUAUUGUGUAGAAUUCUGACAAUGAAUGCAGUAGCACUUCCUGUUAUGCCAGAGAUUGUCAAAGGACACUGGAGAAAGUCCGAAAUAAUGCAGACUGCAACCGCUCAAGGUAAACUGUCUUGCUAUCAAACCAAGGAUCCUAACCUAUAUAAUCUUGAUUGUUUACAUCUUGUUUGAUGUGGGCCAUUUUCGGUGACCUUGUCGACAAAUCCAAGUGCACAUCUGUCACGAAGGUUUUGUGAGUUGUCUGUGAACAUCACCUCUAUUUGUGUACUUGGCCAGGCAUGUUUUCACCGAUGAUGUUAGGACAUUUGACACGGUUCUCAUAGCCGAUAGCUUUUCCUGACCAGUACUAUUAUAGUGGUUGGGGGAUUAGAGACUUACUUCGCCGCAGCCCCAUCUGCGGGUAGGAUUGGACGGUGUCUCACUGACCAGUGUUUCUGCCGAAUGAGUACGCCAUCUGGUCGGCUUCCUACCCGGAUAUUCCUACACAAAAUCCAUUUAAUUUUACCAUGGGAGCCUUAGUAGUUUACAACAGUACGUGUUCCAGACUGUCAGCUGUUCGAAUUUCAUUUUUCGGAAAACUUCGUCGGCUGAUUGUGUUUGAUCCCUGACUUGGUGUGCUGGAUUACGUGCCUAUCUUUCAAACUGUGGCUUCGAAUCCCUAACUGGAAAACAAACCCAAAGAACAGUCAAAUUUGCACGCAGAGAUUGUAAUCCGAAAUAUGUGAUGUAUCCUACAAGAUGCAUUGAGCAUGUUCUCUCUGUAUCCACUGUGAAAUUCAUACAAAUGUCCACAGUCAUAUUGAAAAUCCGGUAUCACUGGACAGUUCCAUUCUUUGGCAACCAUGCCUUCAUGGACUAUUUGUAAUAGUUAUUUGGAACGCCCGUGAGACUUACGGGUAACGAAGUGGGAAGUACUGCCAUUUGUAACCGUGAAGAUCUGGGUUAAUUUAUCGUAAACUUGUCGUCAAAGCCUUUUCCCAGAUCAUAUUACUCCCGAAAGAUAUACUUAGAUACAGGCUAUUGUGGUGUUAACUUUGUAUUUGAAUUUUAGACUUUGAGAUAAAUUUGCAUUACGCUGGGAAAAGUGUCAAAAGGUAAAUGUUUUAACUCUUGAACAAGAGAGUACGGUUCAUUUUUACAUCUUUCUUGUUUCAUUGCUCAACAAUCUAUAAAAAGGCGUUUGUAAGUUUUUUAAAGUUGUGUCAAUGGGUCUACUAUUUACUGUAUCCUGUAAAGAUCUAAAUGCUAACAAUACUUGUGUAAUGAGAAAUGUGACAUCUGAAAAAUAUAUGUCAGCUUUGUAAUUACCUUUUUGUAUGUUAAAUCGGUGGAAACUA